AUGGGUCUGUCACCCAACUUUGCGGCUGUGUUUAAACAGAAAUUUUCAUUUGGAAUAUUUCCGAAGAGAUUCAAACUUGAGGAUUUCAUUUUAAACCGAUUCGCAAAAAUGACGAGCAACCUGACCUUGAUCGACCUGAACAAUGCCGAAGUGCAUCUCUACUGGCCUGUAAUUUUAUUUGUGGCUUUACUUAUGGUUGUCGGGACCCCAGGGAACCUGCUGGUGAUCAUUAUAUACCACCGACGUUUUAAGCGUGUAUCUAAUUCACAUUAUUUUAUUGAAGCUCUCGCCUUUUUUGAUUUAUUCGCUUGUGUACUGGGAAUGCCAACAGAAAUUUACGAUCUCUGCAACCCUCUUAAUUUCCGUAAUGAAUUCGUCUGCAAGUUUUUCCGUUUCUCAGAAACAUUUACCGUAAUAGGUUCGAGCAUGAUUCUUGGAGAGGUGGCCAUCGAUCGCUUUUGGAAGGUUUGCAAGCCUCAUAAGAAAGUAACAAUUUUCCACAUUAAAAUCAUGUGUGGUAUAGCCGCCUUUAUUGGUCUUUUUUUCAGUCUGCCAACAGUUUUUAUCUACGGCACAUAUAAAGUUCAACUCACCGAUACGGUCGUCGGUGAGGACUGUUCCAUCGAAGGGGAAUAUAGACGCACGUCAUGGCCAAGAAAUUACUUCAUUUUUCUUUGUAGCAUUUUCGUUAUCCUUUGCAUUCUCCUCACUGUACUCUAUAUAUUACUCUAUCUGUCUGUACGCGAUCGACGCCGGAGGAACGCUAGUAGACAAUUUAGCAGCGAACAAGAACAAGAAAAAAUGGCUGGUCAAGAAAUGGAAUUCAAAGCUAAUUCUUUGAAACGUUCCCAGAAAGAAUCACAAAGCCCUUGUCCAAAAAGCCCCAAAAGUCCCAAGAAUCAGAAAAGCCCUUCGUUUCCAAUGAUGCGAGCAAGAGUCGCCAGUCUUUCAGGACGCAUGCGCAUGAAGGUCAGCCGCACUACUGUGAUUCUGUUCAUUGUAACCAUUGUAUUUGUUAUCAGUUAUUUCCCUUCGUUGGUCGUCAUGAUCUGCAAAACCGUAAUGUACAAAAAGGUUGCCAAAUCCGGUAUUCACCUGAAGGUUAUUAUCAAAAUUUUCUCGAAAUUCUAUUUGAUCAACAACGCUUGCAAUCCCAUCAUCUACAGUUUUCUCAACCCUUACUUCCGGAAUGAAUGUAUCCGUCUCUUCAGUGAAAUUGGUUGCUCAAAAUGUUGCAAAGUUGAACCAAGUGGAGAUUCUUUGUCAGGAAGCAAUUAA